CUUGCGUGAGUGCCUGGGAGGUGUGCUUUGUCUUGUGUUGUCCUCUUGUGACUGACUUGCGGAUCAAGCCUUGAACACCAUAGUCGACACAAUCUCAAGAGAUCUAUAAGAAGAGACCAUCCGACACCUCUGGAACCUGUCCCUCUUGUCUCCAUCAUCACAACAACACCACCAACAACAGCUAUCAACCAAACAAUCACAACUUCGCUUUCAACUGCUUCCAUUACCAAACUUUCCCACUUCAAACAACCACCAACACUCUUCAAAAUGCCUACCGAAGCUCAGAUCGCCGGCGGCCACAAGGCCAACAUCAACAACCCAAACACCUCCGAGGAGUCCAAGCAGAACUCCAAGAAGAUCCUCGACAACGAGUUCAACGGCGGCGACGUCGCCAAGGCCGGCGACGACGAGCAGAAGAACCCCGGCAACGUUGCCGGCGGCCUCAAGGCUACUCUCAAGAACCCCAAUGUCUCCGACGAGGCCAAGGAGUCCGCCAAGGAGCGCCUUGACAACAUGUAGAGCUGUGGUGUUUUGCGAUACCCAUACCUCGCCCAACUUGGAGCGAUGAGUAGGAAAGAAAUUCUGAUUUGGUCACUGUAUUGUGCCAUUGUCUGUGCGGUCUAGCCGUCGCAGGUGGUAAUAUAAAUAUUGUGAAACAA